AUGACCAGCUAUGGAAUGCCAUACCUCUUGGAGGACAAGACGGGCAAGCUGACAGGAUCACACUUCCUGGACAUCAAUGAUCGUUUGCGCUUGACGCUUCGAUGCACCUCCCGGGGAUCUACGCACGCAACCUAUAUAAUUUACAACGCGACAACAGGAACAGAUCCAGUCGUGACCCUAAACUUCGGCUCGAACAACUCCCUCGGAACAAUAACUUUUGGGUCAGGGCCUCAGGUACCCAUGAGCAGCUUCCUCGAACCAUCAUCCAAUGGGAGCGCAAAGACGAGGAAGUUCAUUGGGUCUGAUGGCCAGCAGUACAAAUGGAGUUGGCGAGCCACACAGAGCGAGGAGUGGACGUGCACAAAUGCAAGUAACCAUCAAGUCGCGUCCUAUUCAUUGAAAGUACCCGGAGAGCCAGAAUACGACCACUCCUCUGGGUGCGUGCUUACUAUUGAGGAGGCGUAUCCGCACCUCGCAGCCGAAAUGCUGGCCUCCCUGACAAUAAUGAGACAUAUAGUCGCCCACAACCUUUGA